AUGGACUCCUCACCGACGCAGGUGAAGGUCAUCUUCACCACAGAUGAGCAGGAUCUGCAGCUCCCGGAGUCCAAGAGACAAUUGCUCGUUCCAGCGGAUAUCAAGCGAUAUGGCCUCUCUCGAAUUCUCAACUCCGAGUCCAUGCUGGACACAUCCUCUCCCGUUCCCCUUGACUUCCUCGCCAACGGCACAUUUCUCCGCACAUCUGUCGAAGACUACCUCAAGUCCAAUGGACUAUCAUCUGAAACGACUCUCACCCUUCAAUAUGUCCGCAGUUUGAUCCCUCCCGUGUAUCAAGCCAGUUUCCAGCAUGACGACUGGGUCGGCGACGUCGAUGUCCUAUCUGCCACAGCUCCCGCCAGCACAGGCGUCGACGGCGUCAUCAAUGACAGAAUUGCCAGCGCCUCAUACGAUGGCCUUGUGAGAAUAUGGAACCCGUCAGGCGACGCGAUUGCCACGUCGACAGCCGGUAGAGCUGGCGGCCACACCUCAAGAGUCAAUGCCGUCCGGUGGUUGUCUACCACAAAGCUCGCCUCAGCGGGACUCGACAGAAAAAUCAUCAUCUGGGACUAUUCCGAAUCGGAUGACGGUUUUUCAGGCUCGUUGAAACAUAACAUGGAAUUAUGGGGGCAUGAGAAAAAUAUCAACACCAUCGAUGUCAAUUGCGCUACGGGACGAAUCCUCACUGCUUCCUCAGAUGGCCGAGUCGGUCUCUGGACUUCGUCCAAGCGGGCUGCUCCCCAAGCAGACCCUGAGAGUCUUCCCUCAUCUCAUUCCACGAAACGUGCCAAAUUAUCCGCCGCUGCCACAACCGCUCAACGUGGUCCUUUGGCUAUGAUGCCGAUGCAUGAUGACCAGGUCACUGCUGCGGUUUUCCACCCUCACGAUUCAACCGUUGCGUACUCGGCGUCGCAAGAUCACACAGUCAAAACAAUCGACUUGACCACGCAAAAGGAAGUCUCAAGAUUGACAACCCUCCACCCAAUCAUGUGCGCUGCAGCGCUGCCGGGAAACUCACUCAUUGCUGCUGGCUCUUCCGCACGGCACAUCACUCUCCUCGAUCCUCGAGAAUCUGCUACCGCUACAGCUGCCAUGACUCUCCGCGGCCAUAUCAACAUGGUUGUAUCUCUCUCACCAUCCCCAGACAACGAAUACUCAUUGGUAUCCGGAUCCCACGACAGCACUUGUCGCGUUUGGGAUCUCCGAAGUGUACGUCCGGCCACGUCAGAGGAAGGGUCUGGAAGUGUCAGCGAGCCGGUCUACACCAUCGGCAGGGAGUGGCUGAACGGCAAGAAGUUGCCGCCAGCAGGUGAUGGCGCCAAGGUAUUGAGCGUGGUGUGGGAUAAGUCGUGGGGCAUUGUGAGCGCUGGAGAGGACAAAAAGGUGCAGAUUAAUAGAGGUAGAGGGCUUUUGGCUUCAUAG